AUGCUCAAAAUCAUCCACGCAAUGCCAACGGUGGGAACAGAAGUCUAUGAGUUUGCAACCAUCACCGCUGAAAACUCCAGCAGGGAAACAGAGGCAAUAGGUAUAGCCUCAUGA